AUGACUAGCCUGCCAAAGAUAGAAGGGGAUCUUCCCUCGAUCCCAAGUGCCCUAGAACCUCGCGAGUUAGGCCCGUCUGGACAGCACGAACAUCUUGAGGUCGACCACUCCCAGGACAACGACUCGGCAUACGAAUCUUCCAUCGCAACUGAUAGUACCUCGUUACGUUCCUCCAUAACCAACUAUCAGUAUGAGAAUGGCCGUAGAUAUCAUGCUUACCACGCAGGAGAAUACUUUCUCCCAAACGACGAGGCAGAACAGGACCGACUGGAUCUACAGCACCAUCUUUAUCGGCUGCUUUUGGGCGGUUCAUUGUAUGCUGCUCCAAUAAAAGGUCCUCAACGUGUCCUGGACAUUGGAACAGGAACUGGAAUCUGGGCAAUCGAAUUUGCCGACGAAUUUCCGGGGGCCCUGAUCAUCGGCACGGACCUGUCGCCCAUCCAACCGGGAUUUGUCCCGCCCAAUGUAAAGUUUUAUGUUGACGAUUUCGAGGCCCCAUGGGAAUUUGGCGAAGAGAAGAAGUUUGACUAUAUCCAUUGGCGCUCACUCUGCGGAAGCACAAACAAUUGGGAACGGGUAUACAGCCAGGCAUAUGAUAGCCUUGACCCCGGUGCAUGGCUGGAGGUCCAAGAAUAUGAUGCAUGGAUAUACAGUGAUGAUGACCCACACCUGAAAAAGGCACCAAACACACUUCAUUGGGUGACAAAAUUGAGUGAGGUCAGCGAACAAGUCGGCAAGCCGCUGAACAUCGCUCAAUCCCACAAAAAAUGGAUGGAAGAAGCUGGUUUUAUUGACGUCCAGGAAAAGGUUUUCAAAGUUCCUAUUGGCUCAUGGGCCCGCGACAAGCGACUCAAGGAGCUUGGCCGCUUCGAACGCCUUCACAUGAACGAAUCCGUUGAAGCUCACUCGAUGGCGUUUUUCACGCGCGGUCUUAACUACUCUGUCGAACAGGCAAAAGUGACAUUUGAAUUGGUCAAGAAAGAAUUUAAUGACAAAACUUUACACCUAUAUACGAUAUACCGGUUUAUAACCGGGAAGCGUCCGUGUUGA